AUGGCUCAUCGAAUGCAUAUUGGCCAAUUCACGAGACAAUAUCCAGCGGAGACAGCCUUCAAAGUCCAGUCAAACCCAUGGAAGAACUCUCCAGAACCAUUUCUUCCAAUGAGCACCCAACAGCCAAAGUCUUGGGCAGAUGUUGGAAAGGUUGCAGGACCCCCAAGAAACUACCAUCAUCCAUAUGAAGUCAAACCAUUUGAGGCGAUUGAUGAGAAGAAUGAUGUGUUCAGUACUAUGGGUCAUUGGAAUUCUGAGCAGAAGCAGAGUCGACAACAGCAUCAGCAAUACCAGCAGAACCAGUAUCAAGCCCGUCAACAUCAGUACUAUCAGAACCCACCUCCAUUCUACCAACCGGAGCAGCCUGUGCACUAUCAAUCUGCUCAGCAGGAUGUCUUUGAUAACAUUGGCGAAUGGGACAAUAGCACUCCAAUCCCAUCGCAAAUUUCUCCACUUCAACUGGAUCUUACCUUGACCACUCCACUUCCAACCUUCCAACCAUAUCCAUCAACUCGUUCAUAUUCCUUGGAGUCUCCAACCACAUCGGUCACUUCAAAUGAGGAGAAGAACAGCUGGAAGACGAUCGAAUUAAUCCUCAACCAAAAGUCGAGCCGUUCGCCAUCUAUCACCGAACGUCUCAGCCCGGUGGACUUUGGACCAUGGACCUCAAACUUGUAA